AUGGAUCUAAUUGUGUACUGCGUAGAUUAUCGGCUAACUUCAGACUCGCCAAGAUACGUUGGCGGUAAAGUCGAUGAAAGUUUCAAGGUACGCAUCAUUGAAAAGUGUAUAAAUAUAAAUGUGGAUGGAUGGAGAGGGAGAGGGAGACCAAAGAAAAUAUGGAUGGAUUGUGUGAGAAGUGAUAUGGAAGACAGACGAGUUAGUGAUAGCGUGACGAGUGACAGGACAGAAUGGAAGAAAAAACAUAUUGCGCCAACCCCAAAUAAAAAGGGACAAGGGCAGGAAGCUGAUGAUGAUGAUCCCUGA